AUUCAGUCCGCCAAUUCCAGUCAUCAUUAUCUUUGACAAGAGGCCAUGGAUUCCUUCCCAGAUCUUCUGGCAACUUGUUUUGCCUGCCCAUUUGAUUCUGCUCCUGGUCUGGAUGCCUCCACCCGCUAGAGGCCAUUCUCCCCUCAUAUCAGAACACAAAGGCAGCAGCCCCACAGUCAAAAAAGCUACAAUGGAAAGGUGAUCACUCCAUUUCACCUGUUAUAAAUUCAUUAUCAUCCUUCAAGUGUGAUCGGAGCUGAGCAAUGGCAGUCGAAAACUCCCUUGAAAGGGCAGAUUCUUCCUGCGAUGAAGAUGGCCACUCAAGAAGAACUGGAACUCUGUGGACUUGUGUGGCUCACAUCAUCACUGCGGUGAUAGGCUCCGGCGUGUUGUCCCUCUCAUGGAGCACUUCCCAGCUGGGGUGGAUUGCAGGCCCAGUCUCCAUGUUGUGCUUUGCCAUUGUCACCUAUGUGUCUGCCUUUCUGCUCUCGGAUUGCUACAGGUCUCCUCACCCUGUCACUGGAACCAGAAACUACUCCUACAUGGAUGCCGUCCGAGUUAAUCUCGGUAAGACACCGAAUCCAACUUACUCUCAUCACCAAUUCUUUGUACUAUUUCAUGUAGAGUUUCUUUGUUUUGGUGCUAGUUCAGGUGAGAAACAGACUUGGGUUUGUGGGUUCCUCCAGUACUUCAGCAUGUUUGGAACAGGAAUAGCAUACACAAUCACAACAUCAACCAGUCUCAGAGCAAUUCAGAAAUCAGAUUGUUACCAUAAGAAAGGCCAAAAUGCGCCAUGUGCAUACGGGGACAAUUUCUACAUGCUGAUGUUUGGAGUUGUUCAGAUAGUGUUCUCUCAGAUACCUGAUUUCCAUGAGAUGGCAUGGCUCUCUGUUGUUGCUGCCAUCAUGUCCUUCACUUACUCUUCCAUUGGAUUUGUUCUUGGCCUUGCCAAAGUGAUCGGAAAUGGAAUGAUAAAAGGAGGAAUCAGUGGGGUUCCGAUGCCAUCGAAAGCGCAGAAAGUUUGGCGAGUUUCUCAAGCUCUUGGAGACAUUGCAUUUGCCUACCCAUACUCAUUGAUUCUCUUAGAGAUACAGGAUACAUUGAAAUCGCCACCUCCAGAGAACCAAACAAUGAAGAGAGCAUCCAUGAUCUCCAUUUUCCUCACCACAUUCUUCUACCUCUCGUGCGGGUGCUUCGGUUACGCUGCUUUUGGCAAUGCCACGCCAGGAAACCUCUUGACAGGAUUCGGUUUCUUCGAACCAUAUUGGCUCAUCGACUUUGCAAAUGCAUGUAUUGUCGUUCACUUAGUAGGAGGUUAUCAGGUUUACAGCCAGCCAGUGUUCGCCUUUGCAGACAGAUUGGCUGCAAGUAUUUACCCCAACAGUGGAUUUGUCAAUAAGUUCUACACAAUCAAACUGCCACUGUUGCCACCUUACAAGCUGAAUUUCUUCAGGCUGUGCUUCAGAACGGCGUACGUCGCAACCACAACAGGGCUUUCAAUGUUCUUUCCUUUCUUCAAUGAGGUCCUAGGAGUGUUGGGGGCCCUAAACUUUUGGCCAUUGGCUAUCUAUUUUCCUGUGGAGAUGUACUUUAUGCAAAAGAAGAUAAGCACUUGGACAAGGAGAUGGGUUGUGCUCAAGUUCUUCAGCAUUGGGUGCUUGUUGGUCAGCAUAUAUGCUUUGAUUGGGUCCGUUGAAGGAGUCAUAAGUAAGAAGAUUGGAUGAUUUGUGAUGUCUCUUAAGGUGCUAAAUGAAAUUGGUUAUAUGAUUAAUGACAUAAAAGAUGUAAUCUUUACUUUUUCUCAUAUAUUGACUCUUUUGCUCCA